AUGGGAAACGAACAAUCCACCAAAUCGCAGCAGGAGGCCCAAAAAGCGACAAUGCGCCGACUACUAGAUGAGCAGAGAAAGAUGUAUGAGAAAAAAUGCCAGGAAGUCAUGGAUCAAGUAAAAGCUCAAACAACUCAAAAUGCGCAAGCCGCCAAUCAGAAUCCUUCAUCUGUUGUACACCCUGCGGCGCACGCGCCUCAACCUUCGUACGCCCCGCCACCUGCCUACGCUCCACAACCGGCGUACGCGCCUCAAGUGCCGCAACCUACGCACUUCGCACAAAACCCUCACCAGGGACCAUCUAUUCCAGGGCCCAGUUUAGAAAGGCAACGUGCUCCAUAUAGCUACGUCAGGGAAGACUUACAAAACGCUAUGACCGCUACCGCUCCGCCUGCUUCUGCCUUGUAUCCAGAUUUAAAUAAUCGUAAUAAUCAAUUUAGUUUUGAAGACAACAAUUCAAAUCCAACACAUGAUUUCGUCUUUGUCAAUCACGGUGGACCUCAGAGAACCCGACCAUCUGCGCCAACAAGGGAUCGGUCAAUCAACAGAUCUCGCAACAAUGGGAAUGAUAAUGAAUUCCUGUGUCCCACAUGUAAAACGUUGUUUGGUCUACAAAUCUACCAAUGCAACCGGGGACACAGCUCGUGCAACAGGUGCAAGGAGCAAGGCCGGUGUUGUGGCAUCUGCGGCAAUAGCAUCACUACCACAAGGAACUAUGCUUUAGAGGGAUAUAUUGCUGAGCAAAGAAUGCCCUGUCGAUUCAAUAAGAAUGGAUGCACACUAUCUUUCAAAAUGACUGAAAUGGACAUCCAUUGUAGAGAGUGCCCCUUUAAAGAGCUACAUUGCCCCCUCGGAUGCUUUUGGAGAGGGCAAUUGAAACAACUAACGUUACACUUUGACGCCUUACACCCUGAACAGCGCUCGGUCGACAUUAACUCCGAGAUUCAACUUCGAAACAUUUCCAGCAACAGCCAGAAUGUUUACCUCAUACUCAUCGGCGUCUUCAACUUCUUGUUUCACGUGAAAGUUUCAGAAGCCGAGCGCAAGAUAUACAUGGUCGUGCAGCUAAUUGGCACGAAGGUGAGCGCUUCCAAGUGGAGCUACGAGCUGCACGUGUACAACAAGAGUGACUUUCGCAGGAAGUUCACGUUCAGUGACGCGGUCGCGUCGCACGCCGAGUCUCUCACCGACAUUUUCAAGGAGGCCAAGUGUUUGGUGCUGCCUCACGCCUACGCUGCCACUUACCUGAACAACGGCGCCUUGACUUAUAAGCUUUUUAUUAAGAAAACUACAGACAAGGAGCCGAGAGGUGAUUUCGGCAAAAAUUGGCGCGGCAGAGGAAGGAAUUAA